AUCCAAUCACUCAACUUCGUCACCUUUACAGGAACAACCAGUCUUUCAUUUGGCUCCUUCGACCAUCUUCAAGUUCCACCAUGUUUUCUCAAGGUUCUUCUUUGGCGCUUUUGCUCGGUGCUAUCCUUUCUGUUGGUGUGCAAGCCGCACCAGAGCUCUCGGCUCGUCAAGCGGGCUAUGCUGCAUCCAGCUCAUCUAGUCAAGUCGAGACAUUCAAGUCCAGCUGGCAAACCCUCUCUCAAUGCUUCACUCAGACUCAAUCGGUCUUCGAGAGUCAUGCGACGGUAGAGGUUGCCUACCAAUCCGUUCAAACCCUUACCCAGACUUAUCAAUCCGCCUACAGCCAGCUCCAAUCCUGCAGUUCCUGCUCGGACGGCUUGGCCCAAAGUGGCUUCCAAUCACAAUUCCAGCAAUCUGUUCAAACGAUGUACACAUCUCUCCAGUCCAUCAUCACUACUGGUCAAUCGACCUAUGCCGCCCAAUGGCAAUCCCGAUUCGCCGCUUCGUUCCAACAGAUGAACACUUUCGGAACCUUCUGCCAGACCAUCGCGACUGGUCUUCACAUUGAUUUGGGAGCUAUCUUGAAGGGACUCAACCUUAACCUGAACAUUUUCUCCAACAUCGGAAUCGACCUCGGAGGGAUCGUUGGGUCUGUCGGGAACUUAGUCGGUGGCCUGCUUGGUGGAGGACAGGGUAACGGAGGCUCUGGUGGGAACCUGCUCGGCAACUUGCUCGGUGGAGGACAGGCUAACGGACAAGGCCCCCACGGCGCUGGCGGCAAUGGAGGAGGCUUGCUUGGCCUUGAUGUUGGUGGUGGUCAAGGUGGUUUGCUCUGAAGCUCGUAAAAAACCGAUAUCCUUGUUUGCCCUAACUGCAACUUUCUAUCCGCAUCUUCUAUAAUCUUGAUCGCGACCAUCUCUUUCUUUCAAUCUAUCCUUUCUUUUCUAUACCGACUUUUAGUUCAUUCUGCGAUCUUUUCCGCUUUCCAUCUUCUCGCGAGAAACGGCCAUUCUUCACCCUUUCAUCUUUAAUAAAUGGUUUUUUUGCAUAACUAGCCUGAUCUUAUUUAAACCGAGAAACGCUUCUGCAUGAGUUUGAGUAAUACAUGUCCUUGAGAGAUGUUCCAUUC